AUGUUCGUGAAGCGGAAUUAUGGGAAAAAUCACGGUCACGCAGGAAAUGGCGGACGGGGCAGUGGCGUCUCGGAAGGUACACGAGGCGCGAGCGGCGUCUCGGAAGGUGCACGAGGCAGCGGCGUCUCGGAAGGCAGAAGAACGUUCAGGUAUAAGUGUCACAGAUGCCGAAAAGUAGGCCACAGGCCGCUGAAUGUCCAGACAAAGAAGGAAUUACGUGCCAGUACAUUAAAAGAGACUGUUACAAUAAACGCUAAAGACUAUGAGAGUACACUCACGAUGGUAUAG